CUUGCAGGAUCUUGGGAAAGAUCAUUUAUUUCUGUACACAGAAAAGGACCUAAGAGAGACUUGGACACAGAGACAUGGGUGUCUGGACUUCUGGCACCAGUGCCCUCCGGCAUCUCUGGGGGAUUUACGUACUUCCGAGAAGCCCGAGGUGGGUGGACUUCAUCCAGCACGUGGCUGUCUGUGGCCUGGUGGCCCUGACUUCAGCAAGCCUGCUCUCUGUGGCCUUAUGCUGGCUCCUGCCACCAGUUGCAGUGGUCCCUGCCUGCGGGGCCAUCUCCUGGGCCCUGCUGUGCUGCUCCAAGCGUGCCCGGUGCUUCCUCCUCCUCCUCUUCCUGUCCUGUGGCAUGCGUGAGGGCAAAAGGGCUCUGCUGGCAGCCGGCACUGGGAUAGUGAUCUUUGGACACAUCGAGAAUAUUUUUCAUAACUUUAAGGAUCUGCUGGACAGCAUGACUUGCAACCUAAGGGCAAAGAGCUUCUCAGUACAUUUCCCACUUUUGAAAAGAUACAUCGAGGCCAUUCAGUGGAUUUAUGGCCUCGCCACUCCCCAAAACCCAUUUGAUGACCUCGUUUCUUGGAACCACAGCCUGGAGGUCUCUCUGUCCAGCUCCAGCCACGCCCUGGAGGCACAGCUGAAGGACACCAAAGGGGAGGUCCUGGGCGUCCUGUACCACAUGGUGACCAUGGCGGAGGCUGUCUCCUCUCUGGGCCAAAAGCUUCUUGCCUGCACUGGGCUUUUGCUCCUCCUCCUCGGCACAGGGCUCUUCCUGAAGCGGGUUCUGGGCCCUCGUGGCUGGAAGUACGAAAAUGUCUACAUCACCAGACACUUUGUCUUGUUUGAUGAGGAGCAGAGGCGCCAGCAGCGGCCCUGUGUCCUGCCCCUGAGCAGGAAGGAGCGGGGAACCUAUGCCAUCGUGCCCUCUUUCCGGCUGACCCCCAGGGACAGGAGGGCCCUGGGGCUCUUCCUGCUCCCUGUCUUGGCCCACCUCUGCAUGUGGGUGCUGUUUGCGGCCAUGGACUACCUGCUCUACCGGCUCCUCCGCUCGGUGGGCAGACAGCUGCAGAGCCUGCCGGGGCUGGAGGUCCACCUGCAGCUGCUCGGGCAGAAGCAAGGAACUCAAGAUGUCAUCCAUGAUUCUUCCUUUAAUAUAUCUGUGUUUGAGCCCAGCUGUAUGUCCAGCCCCAGGCUGCUGCUGUCUGCGACCUGGGCUCCUCUCGGAGUUAUCCUGGUGGUGUUAGUGCUGCUGGGCCUGUUGUCCUCCAUCCUGAUGCAACUCAAAAUCCUGGUGGCCACGUCCUUCUACCCUAGCGUGGCUCAGCAGCGCACCCGAUACCUGCACACAAAGCUGCUUAGGAAAAGAUCAAAGCAGCUUCAGGAAGAAGUCAAAAGGAAACAGAACCUGUACCUUACAGAGGUUCACUUCUGGCUUCCAGUCCUGAAGGUGAUGAGGAGGAAACGCGCAGAUGCUGCCCCCGAAGAUGUUCCGUAAGGGGUGCUGAGUGGCUCAGCCGCACGCCCAGACACCGUGGACGCUGCUCAUAGCGCUGCCUGUGCUCAGCAACUGGGGCUGCCUCCCGGGUCAUGUGGGAUGUGACUUCCUGGGGCCACCAUAUGUCACUGGUGGUGUCCCCAUGCUGUUCAUCACAGAGCUAAAUGACCCCCAGGAACUGCCUAUGUGGUCUGUUUUCCAAGCAAAGCACAGGAUCUCAGCUGGGUCAGUGUGUUAGGAAGGCGUCCGGCCACUUUUCUGGUGAGUCUCAGCAGAGAGCAUUGCUCAAAGAAGAAAAAGGAAAGCAGCUGGUGUCUCCACAGCAGUGUCACAGGCAGUGCCAAGGACAGCACUGUGUAGAAAGCCAGCAGAACAUCCCCAACUCUUCCACAGUGCUCCCUGGAGGCCAGUGUCUGCCCCAUGCCCUGAUGCCAGGCCUGCUUCCGAGCCCACUUCCGUCGCCUCCCAAGUUCUGCCCACCGCUGCUUCCUCUCCUGUACCCCACUUGCCUGUGUCUCUCUUACUGUCUCUUCUAGCAAGCCCUCAAGGUUAAUGAUGGAGUCACGUAUAGGCCGCAUCUGUCCAGAUCAUCAGGCAGACUCGUUAAAAUGCUCAU